CUGCAGAGCUAGAAUAAACUUGGACUAAUAUCCAGUAUAAUAUCCAGUAGAUCAGCCUCAGUGAGAGCCAUGCUCAGUAUCAGUAUCAGUAAGUCACCAGAUCUGAUAUCAGACGGAGAGUAAAAUGAAAAUCAGCAGCAGCAUUUUCGCCGAGUCAUGUUUUCAGCUCUUUUUUUCUUCUUUAUGGAAACAACUGAGUCAUUGUUUCACAGCUGGAGAAUUCUAUCUUUAAAAGUCUAAAAUGACGUGAUGUUGUGAUUAUUCCACACUGAAGCCUCGCUGACGGUCACAGGGGCAGGAGCGGCCUGAAGCCCAGUACCACGACGGGUCGGGAGAACACAGGACGGACGGUUCGAGCAGACUGACGGACACCUGCAGCAGCAUGGGCUCCAUCGCAGAAUACUACGCCGGCAAGAGCGUCCUGAUCACGGGAGCCACGGGCUUCAUGGGCAAAGUUCUGGUGGAGAAGCUGCUGAGGUCGUGCCCCGAGGUCAAAGCCCUCUACGUCCUGGUCAGACCCAAAGCCGGACAGUCCAUGCAGCAGAGGGUCAGCGACAUGAUGAAGUCCAAGCUCUUUGACCGCGUGCGCGAGGACAACCCCGACUUCCACGAGAAAAUCGUCCCCAUCAGCAGCGAGAUGAUGCAGCCGAGUCUGGCCAUCAGCCCGGAGGACGUGGAGAAGCUCACCGCCUGCAUCAACGUCAUCUUCCACUGCGCCGCCACCAUCCGCUUCGACGAGCAACUCAAACACGCCCUGCAGCUGAACGUCCUGGGCACGCAGCAGCUCCUCAGUCUGGCUCAGCAGAUGCAUCACCUCGAGGCCUUCAUCCACGUCUCCACCGCGUACGCAAACUGCAACCGCAAGCACAUCGACGAGGUCAUCUACCCGCCGCCCGUCGAGCCCAAGAAGCUCAUCGAGUCUCUGGAAUGGAUGGACGACAGCAUCGUGCGAGACAUCACGCCGCGCCUCAUCGGCGACAGACCCAACACGUACACGUACACCAAAGCGCUGGCGGAGUACGUGGUGCAGCAGGAGCAGGACAAGCUCAACAUCGGCAUCAUCAGACCCUCCAUCGUGGGAGCCAGCUGGCAGGAACCCUUCCCCGGUUGGAUUGACAACUUCAACGGGCCGAGCGGCGUCUUCAUCGCUGCGGGAAAAGGAAUCCUGCGAACGAUGAGAGCCAACAACGACGCCGUGGCCGACCUGAUCCCUGUGGACGUGGUGAUCAACCUCACGCUGGCUGCAGGCUGGUACACGGCUGUGCACAAACCUAAAACUGCUCUGGUUUACAACUGCACCACCGGCGGCAUUAACCCCUUCCACUGGGGAGAGAUCGAGCAUCAUGUGAUGUCCACCUUUAAGAGGAACCCGCUGGAGCAGGCCUUCCGCAGACCCAACGCCAACAUCACCUCCAACUACCUGAUCUACCAGUACUGGACCAUGGUCAGCCACAAGUUCCCCGCCUUCAUCUACGACCUCUUCCUGCGUCUGUGUGGACAGAAACCACAGAUGAUGCGCAUCUUUAAUCGUCUUCACAAGGCCAUCAGUCUGCUGGAGUACUUCAGCAGACAGGACUGGGACUGGAACUCCGACAACAUGAGCAUGCUGCUGGGCCAGUUAACGCCCGAGGACAGGAAGACGUUUAACUUUGACGUGCGUCAGCUGAACUGGCCCGAGUACAUCGAGAAUUACUGCAUCGGCACCAAGAAGUACGUCCUGAACGAGGAGAUGUCCGACAUUCCCGUUGCCAGGCAACACCUGAGGAAACUGAGGAACAUCCGCUACGCCUUCAACACUCUGCUGGUGGUGUUCAUCUGGCGGGUGUUCAUCGCUCGGUCCCAGAUGGCCAGAAACAUCUGGUACUUUGUGGUCAACCUCUGUUUCAAGUUCCUCUCGUACUUCCGUGCGUCCAGCACCCUGAACGACUGAGUCUUCCUCGCCGACGGCAGCCCUCGCCUUCAGCGAUCAGAGGACAGAACCUUCGGAGACUCUGUCCGUCCGUCCGACGACGAGGAGGAAGCUUCAGAUCCUCGUCCUCCGGCGUGGAUUCAGGCAGGACUCUCGACGAGUGAAGCCCUCAGGAUGGUUCACAAAAAAAAGAAACAAAAAAAUGGGUCUAGUAGCCAUGAAUGAUUAGAUAAUUUGGAAAAUCAUCCGGAGCUGCACUGUUUACGCCUUCAAACAAGUGUUGUCGUUCAUUCUGAACCUCCUCCUUCUUCUUCUUCUUCUUCUUCUUCUUCUUCUUCUUCUCCUCCUCCUUCUUCUUCUUCUUCUUCUUCUUCUUCUCAAAGUGGCCAAUUAUAUAUGCAACAAUAAUUCCCCGUGUGAUUCCCACCUCGUUUUCCACGCCAUCGCGUUCCUUCCUCUUGAAUCGACGUACGUCGCCUUGUGGUGAUUUUGAUUUAGAUUUUUCUCGUACUUGAAAGCAGCAGAGCUUCUGCGGAGGACGGUUUUGGAACGUCUCGUUCCUCUGAUUUGGACGUCUGUAUGUCUUUGUCUUUGCGUCACGUGUUAUCUACUGCCUUUUUACGAUCACACGCGCAGACGUUAGCUGGCAUUAAAAUGGUAUUAAAUCUAAGGUCGCUCCAGCUGUGAGAACAUACAGAUGUGCUCCUCCUCCUCCUCCUCCUCCUCCUCCUCCUGCUGCUGCUGCUGCUGCUGCUGCUGCUGCUGAGCUUCAUUCACCACGUCUCUGAACGGAUCGUCGUUGUUUGUCUUUGAACGCUCAUCCACGUUUUUGCCCGUUUGUACAGCGGUUUGUACUGAAACUAAGUUUACUACUUUUACAUCUUUAUACUUGUGUCAAAGGCUCGUCUAAAUAUUACGUGGUAGACCUUGGCAGUGUAUUAUAUAUAAAUAAGAGUUCACCAGAGUGGAGUUUAUUUGUAUAUCCCAGUUUGACAUAUUGUACAAUGUUUCCCACUAGAUUUUCUAAGACGUACCUCAGCAGACGAGGGCACAUUUUUCCAUGUUAUUUCAGGGUUGAGGUGAAAAAGAUCAAUUAUUAUUAUCGUGAAGGAAAUGCCAAACACAACAGUCUUAAAUGAGAGUCUGAGGAAUGACUUCAGUGGAUAAGUCUAAUAUCAGUGAGGUGGCGUCAGGACUUCCAUGUCACGUCAAAGAUUUUGUGCCUCUGUUGUGUUAGUGUUCCUCUUGAGUCACAGAAAAACUCUUCAAUCCUCCUGAAUCCAGAAGUAGGAAGAGAUUUUUCAUUUGUUUCCCGAGUUUCUGACGAUCGGCUAACGAGAUGAGAAACGAUCGCAGCUCGGAAAAUUGAUUUAAAAAGUCUUUUAAUUGUUAAAAAUGGACGGAGAAGGAUAGAAGAGUGACCCCCCGUGACUUAAAUGGAAUCCUAACACCUGACAACCAUCAGCGUUUUGAGCGCUUGUUGAAUUCUGUUGCAAACUGGAUAUUUCAGUUUUAUUUAUAUAAAAGAAAAAGAACGGUAUUUGUGAACCGGUCGGUAAAAGGGACAGAUUAUGAAGUCAUGAAGAUUGUAAUGUAUAAAGUAAAAUGAUCUUUAAAAAAAAUAAAUAUAUACAGUAUAUGUAGCGGGCCCAGUAUGGAGCCUUGCGGGACACCACACUUAAUUGAGGGAUAAAUAGGCUGCUAUUUUUUAAGCAAGACAAGCUGUUAAUGAUCUACUACAUGUUAAUCUGGGCCUAAAUCACAAAUGAGGGACUCCACUUGACGGUCGGUCAACCUUGACCCCAGUUUGGAGGCUCUGUAAAUACUCGAAAGUUGCGUUUUAUUCUUAUAGACUUACCAAAAAAAAAGAAAAUGUAUUUGACUGUUGACUUCGGCUGACAGGAUUGUACCACAGGGCUUCCGACAGAGUCUACCAGAAGUGUUAAAACGUGUGACGGGCAAGUCUGACUUUCACUAAAUAAACAGUUUCAAGAAAACUGGACAGUGUUAUUAUGCGGGUUGUUUGGCUCGACUCUUGACAGAAUACAAAUACAACUGUUAAGAGCCUUUAUAUACGGGGGGGUGAAAAAAAAAGGGACAAAACUAAAUAAAUGUUUAUGCAAAGCCCACGUCUGUCUGUAAUCACGGUUAACUGUUAACUUAACCUUAAAGGACCAGCGAGCAAACUGGGCUUUGUCAGAACUGUUGUCACGGAGCUUUCAGGGCGAAAACGGCAAACACAUAAUCAAUAAUGUCAUGUUAUUCUUUCUGUGUGUCAUUUGCAACAUGUCGAUUCCUCUGCUCUGGCAGCACUUCAUUCAAGUUUGCUUGGCAAAACUGAAAUAAACCAGAAAAGAACCAAAA